AUGAAGUUCGCCGCUGUCCUCUCUUCCGCCACUGUCGCCGCCGCUGCUGCCAUUAGCAAGCGCGACGUUACCUUCAGCGUCUCUGACUUCGGCGCCAGCUGCAUCCCCCACAGCACUCAGUGCUCUAUUGGCUUCACCGUCAUCCAGCCCGGCACCAUGGAGACCACCGGCGUCGAGUGCAAGACCCUCGUCACCGGCAACACUGACGGCACCAUCCCCGAUGUCAAGGAUGCCAGCUGCACCAACUCUUCCCGCACCUUCGACCUUCCCGUCUCCCCCCACAGCAACCAGACUGGCUCUCACCUCCUCCCCAGCUCCGACUUUAAGAUCUCCAACGAGCCCAACGCUGUUGUCGAGAGCUACACCGGUCCCGGUGCUUUCGACCUCGAGUAA